CACACUCCGUCCCCAAAGCUCUGCUCCUCCCUCCAAUGGCACUGCUCUUCCCGCCCCCGGCCCUCUCACCCAAACCCCCCUUCCCCUCCACUCUCCGAUCGACGCGGCCGCGGCGCACCACCUGCAUCAGCAGCGUCUCCUCCCCUCGCCCUCCCGCUUCAGCGCCCUCCCCAUCCACCUCCUCGCCGUACAAGGCGCCGGCGCUAGACGGCGGCACGGAGAUAAGGAAGAAGAAGACUAAGAGGAACCUGAAGCCGAGCUUCGAGGAGCAGGCACUCCGCCGCUGGUCUGCGAGGGCGCCCUCCCAGCGCGCCUCCUUCCCCUGGCAGCGGCAGCAGCCGCAGCCGUCUCACCGAGAAGACGAGGGCGCGGAGGAUCAUGAGCCCAGUAGCGCCACGCUGCGGUCCAUCGUCGAGUACUUCGACUACGACUCCUCGGAGGAUGGCGGCGGCGAUGUCGGAGAGGGCAAAGACAAGGGCAAUGACGGCGUGGCACACGGCGAGGCGGCCCAGGACCGGGACGAAGAGUCGCGUUCCCAACCGACCUACCUUCUUGGGAGCCGGCCGGUCUCCGCGCCGUGGAUGCACGGGCAAGAAGGACCCACCGUCGUCGACCGGCUGCUUUCGGGUCCGGUGGGUGGAGACGAGGAAGAGGCUGUCAGGAACGGUGUGUUCGAUGAUGAGCUAGAUUCGGAGGAUGAAGACGAAGAAUGGGUGGACAACAGUGAGGUAUUGGAAGAAGAGCCAAUGACAGUGAACUUAGAAGAGGAAUUGUAUGAGGAUGAGGAUCCUGCCGCGCCGACAACAAGUUCUUUUCCGCUGGAUUCUAUACUGGACCAAGGUUCCACAGGCGGUGGGUUGGACAGGAGUAUCAGGCGAAGCAGUGUAAGCUCAAUUGUCAACACACUCAGGAAUUCGAUGGAGGAAAGUGCCAGUGCCACAAUUGGGAGCUCCGAGGGGGAAGAUUUUGUCCAGAAGCUGGGUUCUGUGCUCCUUCCAUGGGAGAGGGAGGAGGGGAAUGCGGUUGAUGGUGACAAGCGAGGGAGGCACAGCAACACCAAGUUGGCAGAGAGGACUAUCCCAGAACCAGAGCUGCGGAGGCUUAGAGACGCGGCAUUGAGGAUGAAGGAGAGGAUGAGGAUUGGUCCAGGAGGGGUUACACAUGCCAUUGUGGAGAGCAUCCACAGUAAAUGGAAGGUGGACGAGGUGGUCAAGAUGAGGUUUGAAGGGCCUCCGAGCCUGAACAUGAAGAGAACCCAUGAGAUACUAGAGGACAGGACUGGGGGAACUGUGAUAUGGAGGUCAGGGAGGUCGAUUGUCUUAUAUCGAGGAAUGAACUACAACCUUCGAUGCGUGCAGUCAUACACCAAAAUUGCAGAAGUUGAUUCAUCUGAAAAUGCUGGCGAUGCCAUUGGUCUUGUACCCAGCUCUGAAGAGCGUAACUUGCAAAAGCCAACUGUUGAGCAUGAUUUGCAAAAGCCAAUUGUUGAGCGCAAUUCACAAAAGUCAAGUGCAGACGAUGUGAAAAGAUUGAAAUCUAUCAUGAAUUUCUCUCAAGAAGCUACGGAAACGUUUGACAUCGAUAGCUUCUUGGAUCAAUUGGGACCACGGUACAAGGAUUGGUCUGGUCGCAGCCCCAUCCCUGUCGAUGCCGAUUUGCUUCCCGGUUUAGUUCCAGGGUACAAGCCACCAUUUAGGCAACUUCCUUACAGGACUAAAAUUAGUUUGAAAGAUAAGGAAAUGACAGCUUUGCGUAGACUUGCUAGACAAACUGCUCCACAUUUCGCUCUAGGGAGAAACAGGGAACACCAAGGCUUAGCUGCUGCUAUUGUUAAAGUAUGGGAGAAAAGUUCUAUUGUAAAGAUUGCCAUCAAGAGGGGGGUGCCAAACACAUGCAACGAUCGAAUGGCAGAGGAAAUCAAGAAAUUGACAGGAGGAGUACUUGUUUCGAGGAACAAGGAGUAUAUUAUUUUCUAUAGGGGAAAUGACUUCGUGACUCCUAAAGUAAGGAAGGUCUUGGUGGAACAGCAACAACACGCAAUUACUCAGCAGGAACAGGAAGAGCUGGCCAGGCUUAAAGCAUCAGCCUCAAUUACUCCCAUCCCCAAAGCAUUAAAGAAUCCUCUAGUUGCUGGCACUCUUGCAGAAACUAGAGAAGCCACAUUUCGUUGGGGAGAUUCACUUAAUGACGAGCUGAGGAAAAAGGAGAAUAAUCGUUUGAUUUUGGCCAAACAUACCUCUCUUUUGAAGAACAUGAAGAGAAAACUGAUUUUGGCGAAAACAAAGGUUGCAAAAGCAGAGAUGGCUUUGGCGAAAGUUCAGGAAUAUCUCUCUCCAGCAGAGCUUCCAACUGAUCUGGAAACUGUUACAGACGAGGAGCGUUUCCUAUUCCGCAGAAUUGGCCUGAAAAUGAAGGCCUUUUUGAUGCUUGGCAGGCGAGAAGUUUUUGAUGGUACUGUGCAAAACAUGCACUUUCAUUGGAAGCAUCGAGAAUUGGUCAAAAUUGUUGUGAAGGGAAAGACCUUUGAACAAGUUAAACAUAUUGCUAUCUCCCUAGAAGCUGAGAGUGGGGGCGUGCUCAUUGCACUCGACAAGACAACAAAAGGAUAUUCAAUCAUUUUCUACCGUGGUAAGAACUAUAAAAGGCCCCAAGUUUUAAAGCCACGGAACCUAUUGACAAGAAGACGGGCAAUGGCACGGUCCAUUGAGCUCCAAAGACGAGAGGCAUUAAAUCAUCAUAUCUCAGUUCUGCGACACAAGAUCUGGAAGUUGAAGUCACAGCUUGUACAGAUGAGGGCUGCUGGGAGAAAACAGGACGCAGAGUUACUCCAAACGGUCGAGGACGAUUUGUCUUCAGAUGACGAUAAUAUACAGGAUGAAGGGGAUGAAGCUUACCUGCAAACUUACGGCAGCGACGAUGAGGAUGAUGCCGACGAUGAUUCCAAUGAAUAUCUCUGAGCUGUGGCAGUUUUAACCGAUGAAACUCCAGGCCAGUGUUCUUCCCUCGCGUGGCCACAUAUGCAGAACAAGGCAAAACCCAAUCGGUAAGGCGAUGCAUGCCCGUGCGGUAUCGACUUCGGCACUGCUACAGCACACAGAAAGUACAUACGUAGCCUUCAACUGAAGAUGUUGGCAGUGUGUGGUUCAUAUGACUUGUUACCACCAAUGAGGAUUUAACUUCAGUGGCAUCAUUUUGCAUUUGCCGCGGGUACCUCCAUGCCCCUUAUCAAAAUGCAGACUAAACGAGGUUUUUUUUUUUUAACAUAUGGCCAAGCUGGUGUUUCUUCCGAAGAGGGGGUUUGCAAGUGGAAGUGUGUAUAAGCUUCCGUGCGUUUCCUUUUGCAGCAGCUGUAGAUUACUGUGUGUAUGUAGUGUUCUAUCUAUUCUCCUGAGCCGUCGCAAAAUUCAUGUGUUUGUUUGUGCCUGUUUGGAUCGAAAUCUAUAUUUUCAUGUGGAAAAUGAGGAAUUGUAUUUUGGAAAGGUAA